ACAUUUAUGCGUGCAUAUGCUACUGUUUUAUUCAUCAUGUGCCAGGUUGAACCUGAGAUACAAAAUAUGAUUGUUGAAGACCCGGGGAAUGUUAGCUACGCUGCACUUGGAGGGCUUUCAGAUCAGAUUCGAGAGCUCAGGGAAGCCAUAGAACUGCCUUUAGUGAAUCCUGAGAUUUUGCAGAAGGUUGGAAUCAGAACCCCCAAGGGUGUUCUUCUUUAUGGACCUCCUGGAACUGGGAAGACACUCUUAGCGAGAGCAAUAGCCAGCAAUACAGAUGCUAAAUUCUUGAAUAUUGUAGGUAGUGCUCUUGCGGUUAAAUAUCUUGGUGAAGGCUCAGGAUUGAUUAGGAACAUGUUUAGAUAUGCACGCGAUCAUCAGCCUUGCAUCAUAUUCAUGGAUGAGAUCGACGCCAUUGGUGGACGACGUUUGAAGAUGAGCUCAGUUGCUGAUCGUGAAAUUCAAAGAACCCUCAUGGAGCUGCUUGACCAGAUGGAUGGAUUUAAUGAGCUAGAAAAGGUGAAAGUCAUUAUGGCUACAAAUAGGCGUGAUAUUCUUGAUCCAGCACUUCUUCGCCCGGGUCGACUUGAUAGGCAAGUAGAAAUACCAUUACCAAAUAAGCACUCAAGGAUGCAAAUCCUCAAAAUCCAUGCUGCUGGAGUUGCAAAACAGGGCAAAAUUGACUAUGAAGCAGUUGCUAAUAUUUCUGAGGGAUUCAAUGGUGCUGAUCUUCGUAAUGUUUGCACUGAAGCUGGUAUGUUCGCUAUUCGUGAACUCCGGGAUUAUGCGAUUAAUAUAGAUUUCAUGAAGGCUGUGCGCAAACUGAUUGAAGCAAAGAACCUGGGAUCGAGCAGCCAUUAAAAUCAAAUUGUUGUUAGCACUCAGCACAAGAUGUUUUUCUGGUGUCUGCACAGUUUGUCACUAAAUUGUCCAGCCCAUUGUGUUCAGUGAUAGAACAAGAAUUUGAUAAUCUGGUUUACUUUGACAGCAUCAUUAAAUUACAUAAAAUUACCAUAUUACCAUAACCCCUAGGACAAGUUAGAAAACGAGUGGAAGACGUGAGUU